UCAGUCACCUCUCACCUCCUCUCCUCCUGCAUCCUGCCCCCACUGUGCCCUCCCAGCCUGGCUGUGGGGUGGGGUGGGACAGACAGGGUCACGUGGAGUUGCGUUCAGCGGGAGGAAGCCAGGCAGGGUGCAGACGGCUGCCGAUUUUGGGGCUGGUCGGGAAAUCAAGGAGAACCCCUGCCAUGAACCCAUCAUCACCGUGCAAGGCCUCCCAAACCCAGCCUGCAGCUUCGUCCCUGCUAACCUCCUACCACUGGCACACAGGGGGUGAUGGGGAGAAAGUAGCUGGAGGGUCCCGCUGGGGCCGACUUGCAGGCUGGGGGAGGGCACUAAGCCACCAGGAGCCCGUGGUCAGCAGUCAGCCAGCCUCUCGCUCGCUGUUCCGUCGUGUCCUCUCUUCGCCCCCCAAGGAAUCACGCACAAGCCGCCUCCGGCUAUCCAAGACCCUCUGGGGGAGGCAUAAGAGCCCACCGCUGGAACCAGAGCCAGAGCCAGAGGCCCCAGAGCCUGAGCCAGAGCCAGAGACCCCUGCCCCACAGAUCCCGGAGGCCCCCACACCUGACGUACCCAUCUGGAACAUUGGGGCCUUCACCCUGCUUGAUGGGAAGCUGGUGCUGCUUGGCAGUGAGGAGGAGGGUCCUCGCCGGCCCAGGCUGGGGAGUGCUAGCUCUGGGGGCAGCAUCCAGGUAGCCAUGGGGAGCCUCAGGGAUCCAGAUCGGACCCCCGGAAAGACCGAGCCAGAGGCUGCUGGCCCCAACCAGGUCCACAACGUUCGGGGAUUGCUCAAGAGGCUGAAAGAGAAGAAAAAGGCCAGGUCAGAGCUUGGAGCCAAUGCCUCCCGGGAUGGGCCUCCCAGUGCUCUGGGCUCUCGGGAAUCGCUGGCCACGCUCUCCGAGCUGGACUUGGGUGCUGAGCGGGAUGUGCGUGUCUGGCCCCUGCAUCCCAGCCUCCUGGAGGAGCCUCACUGUUUCCAGGUAACUUGGGCGGGCGGGAGCCGCUGCUUUUCUUGUCGCUCCGCCGCUGAGAGAGACCGCUGGAUGGAGGACCUUCGCCGCCACUUCCAACCCAGCCAGGACAACUUGGAGCGGGAAGAGACGUGGCUGAGCGUGUGGGUGCACGAGGCAAAAGGGCUGCCCCGAGCGGCGGCGGGGACAGCAGGCGUGCGCGCCGAGCUGUGGCUGGACGGCGCGCUGCUGGCGCGCACAGCGCCGCGGGCUGGCCCGGGCCAGCUCUUCUGGGCCGAGCGCUUCCACUUCGAGGCGCUGCCUCCGGCGCGUCGCCUGUCGUUACGGCUGCGCGGAGCUGGCCCAGGGGGAGCGGCGCUGGGCCGCGUGGUACUGGCACUGGAGGAGCUGGGCGUCCCCCGCGCGCCCGCCGCGGGCCUGGAGCGCUGGUUCCCGCUGCUCGGGGCGCCAGCAGGCGCAGCGCUGCGGGCGCGGAUCCGGGCGCGGCGCCUGCGCGUGCUGCCGUCGGAGCGCUACAAGGAGCUGGCGGAGUUCCUCACCUUCCACUACGCGCGCCUCUGCGGGGCGCUGGAGCCCGCGUUGUCUGCCCAGGCCAAGGAGGAGCUGGCGGCUUCCAUGGUGCGCGUGCUGCAGGCCACCGGCCGGGCGCAGGCACUGGUGACAGAUCUGGGCACCGCAGAGCUGGCGCGCAGUGGAGGCCGUGAGGCGCUGCUGUUCCGGGAAAACACAUUGGCCACCAAGGCCAUCGAUGAGUACAUGAAGCUGGUGGCACAGGAUUACCUCCAAGAGACUCUGGGGCAGGUCGUGCGGCGUCUCUGUGCUUCCACUGAGGACUGUGAAGUGGACCCCAGCAAGUGCCCUCCCCCAGAGCUGCCACAGCACCAGGCCAGACUGCGAAACAGUUGUGAGGAAGUCUUCCAAAACAUCAUCCACUCCUACAUCUGGUUCCCAGCAGAGCUGGGCACUGUGUUCUCAGGCUGGAGAGAAGCAUGCAAGGCCCGUGGCUCUGAGGCACUGGGCCCCCGACUGGUGUGUGCCUCUCUCUUCCUGCGGCUCCUGUGUCCUGCCAUCCUGGCACCCAGCCUCUUUGGUCUGGCACCAGAGCACCCCGCACCUGGCCCAGCCCGCGCCCUCACACUGAUCGCCAAGGUCAUCCAGAACCUCGCCAACAGUGCCCCGUUUGGUGAGAAGGAGGCCUACAUGGGCUUCAUGAACAGCUUCCUGGAGGAUCAUGGGCCAGCCAUGCAACAAUUCCUGGACCAAGUGGCCAUGGUGGAUGUGGAUGCAGCACCCAGUGGUUACCAGGGCAGCAGUGACCUAGCCCUCCAGCUGGCAGUCCUGCACGCCCAGCUCUGUACCAUCUUUGCUGAACUUGACCAGGCAACCCGUGACAGCCUGGAACCCCUGCCCACCAUCCUGCGAGCCAUUGAGGAGGGCCGGCCUGUACCUGUGACUGUGCCGAUGCGUCUCCCACCACCCCCAGCCCAAGUUCAUGGCAGUUUCUCUGCAGGGGAGAAGCCAGGCUUCCUGGCUCCCCGGGAUCUCCCCAAGCACACCCCGCUCAUCUCCAAGAGCCAGUCCCUACGCAGCGUUCACGGCGCAGGGAGUUGGGCGCGACCGCAGCCGGACGAAGAGCGGCCCCCGAGGCUGCCCCGGCCGGUGCAGCGCACGCAGAGCGUCCCUGCGGGCCGCCCCGCUCCUCGCCGCCCCUCUGCAGGGCCACGGCCACGACCCAAAAGCUCGCUACGCGCGGGGCCCGCUCCCCGCGGCCGGCCCUGGACCGGGGCCUCAGCAUCGUUGCCUCGGAAGCCCUCGGUGCCGUGGCAGCGCCAGCUGGACCAGCCGCGGGACAGAGACCAGGCACUGGGCACGCACCGACCCGUGGGCAAGUUAGAGCUGCAGUGUGAGGUGGCCGCCCUGCGCGAGGAGCAGAAGGCUCUGUCCCGCCUCGUGGAGUCGCUGGGCACCGACAUCCGGGCUUUGAUGGAGAGGCAGGAGCAGCUUCAGGGCCAGCUGCAAGACCUGGACUCCAGGCUCCGCCAAGGGACCUCGCAGUUGGAUCCAGAGAGUGGCCGUCCAAGCGGUGAGGAUCACAGGCUGAAAAGUCUGGAGCGCCGCCUGGCUGAGAUGGAGAGUACUCAGGUCCAGCUGAGGAAUGUGGUGCAAAGCCUGCAGCUUCUUUCAAGAACGCCGGGAUCCCGGAGCCAGUCCCUCCCCCUCAAACCACCGUGUAUCAACGGAGAUACCACCUGAGCUGUCCACGCUGCCCCACGUGGUCUGGGAGCAGAUGGCCGUCCCAGAGGCCUGUCCGACCCCUGUUCCAGCCCUAAGUGGCCUACAGUAGGGAGUGGAGCUUUAGCUGCCAAAAAGUCUGGCACUAUGAGGUUACCCAGUAAAAUUUUGAUUUCAGGAAAAUCGAUGGAUUUUUUUGCCCCUAAGUGUUGCCAAUCAGAAAGCACCCCACUCCCACCAUUCAGGUCUCCCAAAUUCACUCCUAAUUAGAGGUCUCAUGGAAGGGAUACAUGAGGAGAUUCUCACCAGCUGUGUGACCUUAGACCUUUACUCUGUCAGAA